CAGACAUAUAAUGUUUACUGACAAAUCAGAUGACAUUUUUAAAACAAUACAAUUUAAUUUUUUGUUUUUGUUUAGCUGAGGUAUAAGAUAUUCUUGUAUGCACUUACAGGUGAAGAUAAGGUUCCCUCAGCAAUAUGGUAACAAAAAUUCACUUGUGAUAAUGGGGACUCCGGAGAACAUUGAAAUGUGUAAGAACUGCUUGCUUAACCUUGCAGAGAAAUAUAAGGAGAGCAUCAUUGAAAAUGAAGUCAUGGCAGAAUAUAUAUGGCUUAGCCAUUACAUGAAUAUGGGGGAAUAUAGGGAGAACAUCAUUGAAAAAGAAGAAUAUAUAUGGCUCAGCCAUCACAUGGAUAUGGAGGAAUAUGGGAGGAACAUCAUUGAAAAAGAAGACAUGGAAGAAUAUAUAUGGCUCAACAAUCACAGGGAUCCUUCGAUGGCAAUUCUGGCAGUCAAAAAUAAACAGAGCAUACCGUAGUGAAGGUGCUUGGGUAGGAAUGUCUGAGCAGUGCCCCAGACACUUAUCAUUAUCAUCAUCACGGGGACCGCUAAAACCGUAGGGAUUAUACAACGCCUGUGGGGGGGGGAGGAUGGAAGGCUCAAUUCAGGGAACUGGAGCACAGAUCCAAUUCCCUAGAUCAAGAGCCCCUCACCAGAGUCAAGGAAUCUCCCAAGAAGGAACUUCAGACACAAGAGAUCAUUUCUUUGUUGUAUUUGUUCUUUCAUUUCUAUGCUGCUAUUGAUUUUUACUCCAUUAUUUGUUUGUCUAUCAUUUCUUGUAGUUGUAUUUGUAAUAAAGUUGGUAGAAUUACCGACAAUAUGUAAAGUAAAAGGACACAAGUGCAACUAAUGUGACAUUUAUUGUGGCAACGUUUCGCUCUCCAGGAGCUUUAUCAAGCCAUUACAAACAAUACAUGGACACAGAGGGUAUAUAAAGGCUCAGAGUGAGGUGCAAUACUAGUGAGGUAACAUUUCGAUGUUCACUAGUGGUAGUAGUAGUAGUAGUAGUAGUAGUGGUAGUGACAAAAGUAAUACAAUAAG